CCGUCCCUGCUAACUCUCGCCUCCCUGUCGCGCGCCCCCGCCCACCUCGGCAACGCCACGAACCCGUUCCGGACCCUGCAUCGUAGUGGAGGAUUGUCGAAGCUGGCGUAACUGGACAUGGGAACACCGGCGGAGGGACCGCCUCCGAUGGAUCAUCAGGGCGCCCAGUCACAGUACAACUACGACCCGCGCAACAAUGGCCUCUCUAGACGCGCCACCGACGAGGCCGCAUCGUCGUCAAACAGUCUUGCGCCCUACGACCGCACCAACUACCCCUCGCGAUCGUCGACCGAUCCGGGGGACCAAAACCAGGCCGUCGCCAAACCCAAGCGAAGUGGGAAGAUAUGUGGAAAGUGUGGGGAAGGACUGACUGGACAAUUCGUGCGAGCGCUCGGCGAUACCUACCAUUUGGAAUGCUUUACUUGUCACGACUGCGGUAAAAUCGUCGCCUCCAAGUUUUUCCCCGUCCCCGACAAGCCACCCGGCCAGUACCCCCUCUGCGAAACAGACUACUUCCGACGUCUCGAUCUGCUCUGCUUCGAAUGCGGGCAAGCCUUGCGCGGCUCAUACAUCACAGCGCUAGAUCGCAAAUACCAUAUUGAGCACUUUACGUGUUCCGUAUGCCCUACCGUUUUCGGCGCCUCGGACAGCUACUACGAGCACGAGGGCAGCGUCUACUGUCACUACCAUUACUCGACCAAGUUUGCCCAGCGGUGUAACGGCUGUCAAACAUCGAUUCUGAAGCAAUUCGUUGAGAUCUUCCGAAACGGACAGAACCAGCAUUGGCAUCCUGAAUGCUACAUGAUACACAAGUACUGGAAUGUCAGGCUUCAUUCGACAGGCCAACCAGUCAUUGAGCGACUGCAGGAUGCCGAUGGCGACGCGACAGAUGAGGUGCGCGAGAGCGUUCGCCAACAGGAAGAAGAGAUCGAAGCCAAAGUCAACUGGAUCUGGAAGACCCUAUCGGCUUUCGAGGAAAAGUCCGCGACCUGUAUCUCCGACAUGCUCCUGCACGUCAGUAAUGGUGCUUACGUCGACGGUGUCAUGGCAGCCAAAAAGUUCAUUGUGCAUGUCGAACUGCUUUUCGCGGCCGCCGACGCGCUCGAUGCGCAAUUGAUCGUCAGGACACCCAAGGGAUUGACCUAUUCGCGCGAAUCAAAGCUACUUUGUAAGAAAGUGGUAGCCUUCUUCGCGCUUCUUACCCAGUCCCAGGGUACUGGCGUACGACGACUGGGCGUGACCCAAGAACUGCUGUCCCUGGUUACCGGCCUGGCCCACUACCUGAAGCUCCUCAUUCGCAUAUGUCUGCAGGGUUCUCUAAAAUUAGAGCGCGAGACCCGGAGCUCCACCGGCUUGACCAACUUCCUUACCCAAGUAAACUCACUGGAUGCGCGGUUGGAGGACGAGGCCCAAAGAGACCAGGCGGCUGAGUCCGCGCGGCUUGUCCCAAGAUGGGCCGACGCAUGUCCAAUAUGCGAUGCCCAGGUCGAAGACAAGUGUUUACACCUGAACAACAUGUCGUACAAUUACAGCUGCAUGGUUUGCCGGGGGUGCAAUGCCGACUUGCGCCAUAGCCCUCAGAGCGCUUAUUGGAGUAAAUCGAAGCGAAGCAUCUUCUGUCCGGCAUGUGCAGCAGCGCAGCCAGACGCUGAGAACGGUUUCGAGCAGGUCACCAAGCUGCGCCAAUAUGUGCACCUACUAAACGUGGCGCAUGCGCGUCUUAUGGCGACCCUACGAUCCAGUGGCGCAUUGCCACACACUUCAGAUGAUCCUAACCUGGCAGGCUAUGAUUCCACACAGGGACAUCGCCUUGGGGAUGACCCGCCGCAUUUGCGACCGGAUACGCGAUCAAAGUCGUACGGAGGAACAUCAGCGACAGACAGCCAAAACAGUAACAAUGCCGCCUACGAGCAGUCCAUGUCUGACAUCAAGCGCCUACGAUCGACACGACUUGACAAGCACCUAUCCAACACGAUGAAACGUGCGCGCGCAUCGCGAAUUAUUGACGGUCCAGAGGGUCUCGAAGGAGAAGGACAGAUGCGAGGAGGCAUGCAAAUCGUCCAGGAACGCGAGCUUGGGAGCGACGCUGAUGCUGUAACACUCGCUGUGAACUCUCUCGCUUUAGACGAUAUUGCUCGCAUGGCUGCGUUGGAGCAGCAACGAGAGCAACGUCCAAACGCAUUCCGCGCUGGCGGAAGCGCAUUACUGGGACGAGAAGAUCAACCAAAGCUGCAAAAUGGCCACCGUCGUGACUUCUCUGGCGCCCAGGACCUACAACUGAUGACCGAAGGUCGCUCACGAACCUACUUUUCGGAGCUCUCGCCACUUGAAUACUUCAAGCUGAAGGGCCUUGCAGUACUCCAGCUUGGCCUCUUGCUCGACGACAACCAGUACAACCAGGGCGAUCUGCUCGAUCUCAUCGAGUCGAAGAAAAACAACUUCUGGGGCAAGAUCGGAUUCGGCAAAGCGUUCAAGGCCGACAAAAGCAAGCCGAAGAAGGGUGUUACAGGAGUCGAGAAGCCGGUUUCCGACAAAGCAACUUUCCGACAGUCGCUUGAGUACCUCGUGGAAAAGUAUGGUGAUGAGUGCACGGAAGGUGUAGGACCGGGCGCUCUCAAAGUUCCAGCUCUGCUUCAGGAUUGUAUCACUGCGAUGAGAAGUAUGGACAUGUCCAUCGAGGGUGUUUUCAGGAAGAACGGCAACCUCAAAGCUCUGCGCGAACUUGAGGAAGAGAUUGACGCUCACGGUGUUCAGAAGGUCGACCUGAAUACAAAGAACCCGGUCAUACUUGCCAACCUCCUAAAGCGCUUCCUCAGGUUAAUGCCGGAGCCGGUCUUGACAUUGAAGCUGUAUAGGCUGUUCAUGGUGGCUAAUGAUAUCGAGGAUGAAGCGCAAAGAAAGAAGGUCUUGCAUCUCGUGCUUUGUCUGCUGCCCAAGGCCCACCGUGACACCAUGGAAGUCCUGUUCUGUUUCCUGAACUGGGUUUCGUCAUUCCACACUGUGGACGAAGAAACAGGCAACAAGAUGGAUACAUGGAACAUCGCUACGGUCAUGGCUCCCAAUAUUCUACGAGAGAGCAACGACAAAGAAGUCAAGAGCGUGGAUCAAGGCGCGGUCAAGGUCGUGUUUGAUCUCAUUGAAAACAACGAUGAAUUCUCGGAGGUACCUCCCGAGAUUAUGGAGCUCCUCAGCGAUGAAGUGUCCGACAUGAGCGCGAAGGAAAUCAUGCGCCAAUGGGAGCAGCGGGGGAAGAACCCUCUGUCAGCUCCUACGCCGUCACCUAGAGACCAAACCGGCACAGCUUCCAGGAAAGACCAACGCAAUUCGCCUCAAGUUACGACGGCGGACAACAACCCCUCGGCUCAAGCUGGUGAGGCUUCUGUUCGCCAGAUACCCGGCGGGAGUGGUCAACCUAUGGGCAGCAAUCAGCACAGUCCCACACCAGGGUAUGACCGAAAUACACCUAACCCUGCCUUCGCCCAGAAUCCGCAAGGCUCCUCCGACGGCCAUCGCACUGCAUCACCUCAUCGGCACAGCUACCGCUCGCCUGGCUUCCAAAAACACACACAGAUUGGCACCGCGGGCGCUGGAUGAGACACGACCACUCUCUUUUUGGAACCCUACCGGAGUACAUGGCGUUGAUUGCAUGCAACCAUUCUUGCAUGGCUUGAGCGAAAAGCAUUCAAUGAGCGGCGAAUCCUAUUCUAUACCCCUGGCCAGAGUCUACGUUAUGACAUCUAGACUGGCCAGUCCAUCUUCACGCAUCGGCUUGGCAUAAGUUUGACGAACCUGUUUGAUUGCAUUGUAGGCAUCAUGCGCUUGCGCG